AUGAGAAGUAUGAUGAACCGAAUAAGAUGAGAUGAUUUACUAACAAUAGAAACUAAAUUACCUAAAUUAAGUAAAAAGAUUCAAUCAAAGAUAGAAGAUAAAGAUGUUAGUGAAUUGGAUUUUCUUGAACAAGGUUCUAUUGAUGAAGAAAGUGGUGAUCGAUGGCUUGGAUCUGAUAUUGCUAAACUGUUAAGAUUUUAUCAAAAAGCAUACAAUAAUUAUCUCAAAUCAAUAGAAACGGAUUACAACAUAGAUGCUUAUUAUAAUUCCAGUCGUCUUUUAUUUCAAAUUUACAAUCUUUUGAAAACUGAUGGUUUAAAAUUAAAAGAUUUAAACAAUAUAGAUGAAAUAUUUGGAUCAAAUUCAAUAAUUCAACCAUUGGAUCAAAUAUUAAAAGCACAUGAGGAUGCAAUUAAGCAAGCUAAAACUCAAGGGGCUCAACCAUCCCCUGAUUUAUUAUUUAAUUUUGCUGUUGUUUAUAAUGAAUUUAUAGAUGUGCAAGGUGAUUCAACAGAUUUAACUAAUUUAUUCAAUGUAUUUAGCUUAGCUGCUGAGAUUUUUGAGACUUUAUUAGCUUCACAAUUAAAUGAAUUGGAGAAAUUUGCCGAUGAAUUACAAAAUAUUGAUAAUUCUACAGUAUUUUCUGGUAAUAGAAAUGCUAAUGGUGGUAAUAAGAGACAAGAAGAGCUAGUCAGUGCGGAGGUAGUUCAGCCUACUGAUCUAUGUGAAACCGUUUUAGCCUCGUAUAAACUCAUGUCUUCAAUGUAUGAUGCGGAUUUUGCUACACCCCAAAAUCUACAAUCCAUUGCAGAUUUAAUUUCACCGUUAAUGUACUACACUGAUGACAUUGUUGAAAAAUUAUUAGAGAAAUAUAGUUAUAAAUCUCACAUUUCUGACAUGUUAGAUAAUAUAACAAAAGUUCAACAUGAUGAAAUUCACAUAUUAAGAAUUUCAAUUAUGGGAAGUUAUCAUACUGAUUUAGAAUUUAUGAUGAAACAUUGGCAAGUUAUUGGGCUACCUGAAACUCCAGAAAGAUAUAUGACUGCAUCAGACAACAUACAGGCUUAUCUAGAUAGAAAUGAAAUAAAUUUGGAUAAGGUAAAUAAAUCAGCUAAUGAAGAUAAAGAAAUCUAUUGGAGAUGUCUUACAUUUCAAAACACAGAACUUAAAAAAGCACAAGAAUUAUUGAAUGGACAAUUAAAAAUUAAACGAAAAUCACCAGAUGGAACUGAAUUAGGUAUUGGAUCAUUAAUUUCACAAAUUUCAGAAGUGAUUAUAGCUAGAGCAGACAUUGAAUUAACUAGAUCAUUAAUGGAUUAUGAACCAGCAAUCAAAAAUAAAAAUGUUUUGUUUAAUAAUGCUAAGGUGUUUUUGAAAAGUGCAAUGAAUAUUGCAAAUACAUCUGGCGGAUUACGUGAGAAGAUUACUGAAAAAUUAAGUAGAGAACAAAGGAAAACAGAAUCUGCUUUGAGAUUAUGUUAUCUCGAGAAUAAAUAUACGCCAGAAGAAUUGAAUGAGAUUAUGGGAAGUACAUCAAGAUGGGAAGAUGAACUACCAAAUUUAAGAAAAGUGGGACUUUACAAUAGAGGUAUCCUUACAACAACUAGUAAAUACGAGGCUGUUGCACACGCAAGCGGUCAUGAUCUUUGA